AUGAAAGUUAUAGCGUUGUUGGCGGUCCUGUUUUCAUUGACAAAUGCCUUCCCGUUUGAGUCCAAUAGUAAUGGUACGACUUGGGUAGUACUGGUGGCCGGUUCUAAUGGUUGGUACAACUAUCGUCAUCAGGCUGACGUUUAUCACGCCUAUCAAGUGGUUCGCAAUCACGGCAUUCCCGAGAAAAAUAUUAUUGUCUUUCAUUACGACGACAUCGCCCAUCACUCAAGUAAUCCGACACCGGGACAGGUGAUCAAUAAGCCGGGUGGCACUGAUGUCUAUCAUGAAGUGCCCAAAGAUUUUAUUGGCAAAGACGUAACGCCUAAAAACUUCUUGGCUGUUCUUAAAGGAGAUCAAGAGUUGGCCAAAUCGGGCAAAAAAGUUCUUAAAAGUGGAGCCAAUGAUAACGUAUUUGUGUUUUUCUCAGAUCACGGAUCUACAGACUUAAUUGCUUUUCCCAAUGAAUAUCUUUAUGGAGAGGAUCUCAACAAAGCUCUGCAGUAUAUGUUUGACCACAAAAUGUACUCAAAACUCGUGUUUUAUUUGGAGGCGUGCGAGUCGGGUUCAAUGUUUAACAAAUUGUUACCCAAAAAUAUCAAUGUAUACGCCACCACUGCCUCCAAUCCCACUGAAUCAAGUUAUGCCUGUUAUUAUGACGCCAAACGAAGCACAUACCUGGGCGAUGUCUAUAGUGUCAAUUGGGUUGAAGACAGUGAUCGUCGUGAUGUCGGCAAAGAGACAUUAGUAGACCAGUUCAAUGUUGUCAAACAACGCACGACUACAUCCCAUGUCCAACAAUACGGUGAUCUUGUUAUUAAUCAAUUGACUCUCAAAGAGUUUCAGGGUGACAAAGUUGCGCCACCAAUGGAUAAACUGGUAGUACCGGUGACCGAUGCUGUGGACAGCGGUGACGUUCCCCUUGAGAUACUUAAGCACAGAGUCGAUGAGGCACAGAGCGACACACAGAAGCUGAUAUUUAAAGAGCAAUUGCAGCGACUGAAGGACGGACGCCAAUUCCUGACCGACCAUUUGCGCCAAUAUGUCAAUAGUAUUAAACAUUUGGUGGGCGACGACAUCGAUGCCAUUAUGAAUACCAAACAAGAACUCAAUAAUAGACAGUGCUAUAGACAACUGGUCGAUAUUUUUAACCAAAAAGCACUUAAUUUGAAUCAGCACCCGUAUGUAUUGCGCAAACUUCACGUGUUUGCCAAUGUAUGCGAAAAGCUGAGCACUGGUACCGAUGUCGAGCUUAAGGUUGACGAUGCCGUACAACAUUUGGUUAGCUAUAGCUAUGAACACUUUGCCAAUGCCUAUCCGUUCCCAAUUGAAUAA